AUAAAUUAAAGUUUAAAAAUGAGUAUCAAUAGUCUAAUUAAUAAUUUACUAAAUAUUAAAAUAAUGAAUUCAAGUAACGGUGAAAUGGAUCCAAAGUUGAUGUGGAGCCCCGGUAUGUUUGGUACGACCAAAAUGGAUGUCUUCCGUAAUAUUAUUAACGAGAAGUUUGAUCUCGAAUUGAGCUCUUAUUCGGAUCUUUAUCAAUGGUCUGUCGAUAAUUAUGCCGACUUUUGGGAACAAUUUUCAAACUUUUCGGAUAUUAUAUAUACGAGUCCUUAUGAAACUGUGGUCGACAAGAGUAAGACUAUCGAUGAGUUACCCGAAUGGUUUAGCGGCGCUAAACUAAAUUAUGCCCAAAAUGUGUUGGAAAAACCGGAAAAUAGUGAUCCAAACAAAGCGGCAGUGUUUGUGAUCUCCGAGAGUCAGACGCAUAUUGAAAGAGUGACUUUCGGUGAUUUGAAGUCACGGGUGACGUCAUUAGUGUCGGCAAUGAGAAAGUACGGCAUCAGUGCUGGCGAUAGAGUUGUCGGUUAUUUACCAAAUGGCAGGGAAGCUAUCGAAGCAUUUUUGGCCACUUCGGCUAUCGGUGCCAUUUGGAGUUCAACGUCACCCGAUUUUGGUAUUUCGGGAGUUCUCGAAAGAUUACGACAAAUAAAGCCAAAAAUUUUGUUUUCCGUCGACUCUGUUGUCUAUAAUGGCAAACGACACAAUCAUUUGGACAAAUUAUCGCAACUCAUGUCAUCGUUAGACUCAAUUGAAAGAGUAAUCAUUUCUCCACUGAAAACACCGGAUGACAACAACAAUAACAAUCAGUUGAAUGAUUUCAUGAAAACAAUCAAAUGUCAGACUUAUGAUCAAUUCUUAGCCGAAGGCGAUCACCAAAAGUCAAUCACUUAUUUUGAUGCGCCGUUCAAUCAUCCGUUGUGUAUACUCUUCAGUUCGGGAACUACUGGCGAACCCAAGUGUUUGGUUCAUUCAGUUGGCGGAACAUUAAUACAACACUUAAAAGAGCAUAUAUUGCACGGGAAUGUCGGCUCAAAUGAUACAAUGCUUUUCUAUACGACUACUGGUUGGAUGAUGUGGAACUGGAUGGUCUCAGCACUGGCCGCCGGUUCAGCACUAGUAGUCUAUGAUGGAUCACCAUUCAAACCUACCUCUACCUCACUAUGGGAUGUAAUUGACAAGAUUGGUGUCACCAUUUUGGGUGCCAGUCCUAAAGGACUACAAACAAUGCAGGAGUUAGGUCUCAAACCAAGAGAAUCGCAUCAUUUGGAAAGACUGCAUACCAUCCUAUCUACCGGUGCGCCACUAAAUGACAAACUAUUUGAAUAUGUGUACACAUCGAUUAAGACAGAUAUAUUGUUGGGAUCAAUAUCCGGCGGUUCGGAUAUAAUAUCAUGUUUUGCGGGACAGAAUCCUACAAUCGGUGUCCAUUCGGGUGAAAUACAGGCGCGUAAUCUAGGAAUGGCUGUCGAGUGUUGGGAUCAUAAUGGCACUAACGUAAUCAACCAAAAAGGAGAACUGGUAUGUGUAAAGCCGUUCCCAUCGAUGCCCACUAUGUUAUGGAACGACCCCAAGGGUAACAAAUACAGAAAUGCAUACUUCUCUCAAUUUAAAGGUGUUUGGACUCACGGAGAUUUCUGUCUAAUCAAUGGCAACACAAACGGCAUCCAAAUGUUGGGUCGAAGCGACGGCACAUUGAAUCCCAAUGGCAUCCGAUUUGGGAGUUCAGAGAUUUACAAUAUAAUCGAUACAAUUGAUGAAAUCGACGACAGUGUCUGUGUAUCGCAAUAUAACGAUAAAAAUGAAGAACGAGUCGUACUAUUUGUUAAAAUGAAAGCCGACUUUGAUUUUAAUAAAACAAUUGUCGACAAAAUUCGGACCGAAAUCAGGAAUCGGUUGUCUCCCCGACAUAUUCCGGCUGUGAUUCUUCAAGUAACUGACAUUCCUUAUACAAUAAAUGGUAAGAAGAUUGAAGUGGCCAUCAAAAGGAUAAUCGCCGGCAAAGAGGUGACCAAUAGGAACGCCAUCGCAAACCCAGAAUCUCUCGAAUAUUUCAAUAAUUGUAUAGAGAUUUCUAAACUAUGA